AUGCCGCGUCUUGCGAUAGAACCAUGGCUCCGGGCCAUGGCCGUGCCUCUAUUCGCGGGGCUAGUAGAAGCCAAGUAUCCAUUCUCUUCUGAAGGACCUAAAGCGACCCUCCGCAACGAGAGCACCGUCUCCUUCGACCCUCUCGGCGUCGCAGCCGUUCUACACAAUCCACGAGCUGCUGCUAGUGCCGCAAAGCUCUAUGUCCAGUUCGACAAUGACGUGUUCCACUGGCCGCAUAUGUCGAUGGUCGGAGGCACGUUACCGGCUAUUCAGAUGCUCGUUGAGUACGUGACGUCGGGACUCCCGUCGAAGUCGCUAGAAGCGCCAAUCAAGAUGUGCGCAAAAUAUAUCACCAUGAUCCCUGUCCGCUCAGACUUUGUUUUCCGUGAGCUACCGCUGGAUUUCAGUAAUGGAUGGCUGGGUGGGUUGAUCUCGUUUCGCGGCGGGGAGUUGAACCCAGGAAACGACUUUAUGGUUAUCUACAUUGGGGAUGAAGAAGUGGCGGGAGAUGUUCAUGGUCGUGAUCACGACCAUGCUAUAGCGAAAGAUCGACGCAAUCGCUUAGCAGAAGAUCCUGGGCUGGGGUGGUGGAUGGCCGCUCGUUUAAGCCUGUACACCCUCAUCCUGGUUAACGGGGCGAUGAUUCUCGCCGCGAUGCUAAUCGGUAUUCUGGCUGCGGACAUCUGGGCCUUUACGCUCUUCUUCCUAUACGGUAGCCAUUGGAUCGCCUCAGCGCUGAUCACCUUUCUGCCAAUGGUGCACGUCUCGACCCCACGGAUUGACCAAGAUACGACCCCACGGUAUGCUGCCUACGAGCGUCCUGAAGGAGGGACGGUGAUCUUCAAGGGACCCAAGAAGAACAUGGAAGCAUGGGCCCGCACAACGUGGAAAUACGAGCCCACGACACUUCAGUCAACAUUGCACUGGAGUUUCAUGGUAACCGGCGCCCUGGCGGCGUUCUCCUCCAUCGCGUGUAUGGUCAAUAUGCAUGGAUACCUGCAGCUUGCGUUUCUGGCUGUGCUGGUGUAUGCGACUGUGGCGGAGAUCAUCGCGACGAAGAUCUCGCGGUGGCUGCAAACGAAAGCCAAGGGUGGUGUUCCGCAUGCCUUGUUAACGGACCGAGAGAAGCGGACACAGAGUAUAAUUGACGCCACGAUUGCGAUCCAACCUAUUUGUCGCCUUGAAGGGUUUGAUUGGAUUGGAUUGGGUCUGUUGCCAAACAUGCCGGCGUUCAGAGCGUUGCAGCCUGCCUUGGCUCGAAUAAAUGCAUUUCAGCGGAAGGUUGAAACGGACGGUGGGUUGCGGAGUGGGAUAGACGAGAUGAAAUUGAGGGAGCAGAUGGCGGCUUACUAUGCGGAGUAUCAGAAAAGUGCGAUUGGGAUAGCUGAGGAGGGAAAGGAGGGGGAGACGAAGAUGGCUGCGAGGAGGGGGACAGAAGAUCUGGCUCUCAGGCUGAGUAGUCAGAUGGAGAAUGCCGUAGAGCAGUGGAUUGCCAAUAUGGAGAAAGAGAACACUAUAUAG